AUGACUGAAACCAUGGCACUGAGCGGGAACUGCAGGACUCACCCGCCGAACAAGGAGCAAGGGUCCGUUCAGAAUUCUUUCCCUGACGUUAUAGAAUUAAAUGUAGGGGGUCAAGUUUAUUACACACGCCAUUCCACCCUCAUUAGCACCCCAAAUUCCCUGCUGGGAAGAAUAUUCUCCCCUAAGAAGGAUGCCACUAAUGACCUGGCGCGGGACCCCAAGGGACGAUACUUUAUCGACAGAGAUGGAUUUUUGUUUCGUUACGUAUUGGACUACCUCAGAGACAAGCAGGUCGUGUUGCCUGACCACUUCCCCGAAAAGGGGAGGUUAAAAAAAGAAGCGGAAUACUUCCAGCUGCCGGAUUUGGUCAAGAUUUUAGCUCCGGAGGACUUGAAACAAAGUCCGGACGACUAUUACCACAGUGAUUUCGACGACGCCUCUCAGGGGAGCGAUCAACGGAUGUGCCCGCCGUCGUCAUUAGUUCCAGCUAACAGGAAGUAUGGGUUCAUCACCGUCGGGUACAGGGGCUCAUGCACCAUGGGCAGGGAGAGUCAAACCGACGCAAAAUUCCGAAGGGUACCCAGAAUCUUGAUUUGCGGGAGGAUUGCCCUAGCAAAAGAAGUUUUCGGGGAGACCUUGAACGAGAGCCGAGAUCCGGACAGGACACCCGAUAGAUACACGUCCCGGUUCUACCUCAAGUUCAAACACCUGGAGAGAGCUUUUGACAUGUUGUCAGAGUGUGGAUUCGGGAUGGUUGCCUGCAACUCAUCGGUCACUGCAUCCUUCGUCAAUCAAUACACAGAGGACAAGAUCUGGUCCAGCUACACAGAAUAUGUCUUCUACCGCGGACCGUCCCGCUGGUCGUCGCCCCACUGCGAAUGCUGCUGCACCAACCACAAGGGCGACCGCGAGGCGGUGAGCGGCAACUCCUUCAGCGAGCUCUCCACCUCCAGCUCCGAGAGCCAGUCGGAGGCCAGCUCCCCCCAGGGCACGGUCAUCUGCGGCCCGGUGAGCCGGCAGCCCAACAUUCAGACUCUGGACCGGCCCCUGAAGAAGGGCCCCGUGCAGCUGCUGCAGCAGUCGGAGCAGCGGAGGAAGAGCGACCUGCUCCGCACGCUGACCGCUGGCUCCCGCGACACCAGCACCUGCAAGAAGCGCCCGGCCAAGGAGAAGAUGACCGUGGAGGAGGAGCUGGAGAAGUGCAUCCAGGACUUCCGCAAGAUCAAGAUCCCCGACCACUUCCCCGAGAGGAAGUACAUGUGGCAGUCCGAUCUGCUGCGGAAGUAUCGCCUCUGA